GCUCGCUCCUGUUGUUUUCCGCCGGCGGGAGCGGGCGGGCGGGCGCAGGGGGCGGGUGCGCCCCGGAGCGCGGAUCCCGGCCCCGGACAUCGGGCUCACGCGAGCAUCCCUCCUUCCCGGGGCCGAGGACAGUAGGGCCACUCCGCGGUUCCGAGGACCCGGGAGGAGCCGUCGGUACCCCAGGGGCCGGGGCCGCGGGGCGCACACCCAGCCCAGCCGCAGCCUGCGUUUCCUGAGCCCGGAUCUGGGGCGCGAUGGCCGCAGGCGCCCGGGCUCCCGAGCCCCGCGUCCUCGUGUGCCUCGGGGCGCUCCUGGCCGGCUGGGUCGCCGCAGGAUUGGAGGCCAUCGUCAUCGGAGAAGUUCAUGAGAAUGUUACCCUGUACUGUGGCAACAUCUCGGGACCGAGGGGCCUGGUGACCUGGUACCGGAACUCCUCGGAGCCUGCCUUCCUUCUCUCCUCCAAUUCUAGCCUCCCGCCAGCCUCGCCCCGCUUCUCUCUGGUCAACCCCAGCUCCCUGCACAUCGAGGCGCUGAGCCUACAAGAUGAGGGCAACUACACCUGCCAGGAGAUCCUCAAUGUGACUCGGUGGUUCCACGUGUGGCUGCAGGUGGCCAGCGGCCCCUAUCAGAUUGAGGUCAACAUCUCGGCUACCGGCAGGCUCCCCAAUGGCACCCUCUAUGCAGCUAGGGGCUCCCAGGUGGACUUCAGCUGCAGUAGCAGCUCCUGGCCUCCGCCCAUGGUUGAGUGGUGGUUCCAGGCCUGGAAUUCCAGUGGCGAACCCUUUGGAAACAACCUGACGGUCAGCUCUUUCACGCUGUUACUGAUGUCACCAAGUCUCCAGGGGAACUACACCUGUCUGGCCAUGAACAUGCUCAGCGGGAGACAUCAAGAGGUGACCACCGAGCUACUGGUCUACUCACCCCCUCCAGCAGCUCCUCAGUGCUGGGCAGAGAUGUCAUCAGAAUCGUUCAUGCUACAGCUCACCUGUCGCUGGGACGGAGGAUACCCUGAUGCUAACUUCCUGUGGACAGAAGAGCCAGGAGGUGUGAUCAUGGGGAAGUCAAAGCUGGGGGUGGAAACGCUGAACCAGUCCCAGCUGUCGGAUGGCAAGAAGUUCAAGUGUGUUGGGAGCCACAUCGUGGGGCCGGAGUCAGGAGCCAGCUGCGUGGUGCAGAUUGGGGGCCCCUCCCUCCUCUCUGAGCCUCUAAAGACUUGCUUCGUGGGGGGCAAUGUGACGCUCACCUGCCAAGUGUCUGGAGCCUACCCCCCUGCGAAGAUCCUGUGGCUGAGGAACCUCACCCAGCCCGAGGUGGUCAUCCAGCCCGACAGCCACUAUCUCAUCACCCAGAAUGGCCAGAGCUCCGCCCUCACCAUCCGCAACUGCUCCCAGGACCUGGAUGAGGGCUACUACGUGUGCCGGGCUGAGAACCCCGUGAGAGUGAGGGAGGUGGACAUCUGGCUCAGCGUGAAAGAACCUUUAAACAUUGGGGGAAUUGUGGGAACCAUUGUGAGCCUCUUUCUGCUGGGACUGGCCGUUAUCUCAGGGCUCAUGUUGUAUUACAGCCCUGUGUUCUGCUGGAAAGUAGGAAACACUUUCAGGAGACAAGACAUGGGUGAUGUCAUGGUUUUGGUGGAUUCGGAAGAGGAGGAAGAGGAGGAGGAGGAAGAGGAUGCUGCAGAGGAGGAGGAGGAGGGAAGUGAGAGAGAGGAGUUGCCAAAAGAAAGAGCCAAGCAUAACCACAUUCACAGAGUGACCGCACUGGUGAAUGGGAACAUAGAACAGAUGGGAAACGGAUUCCAGGAUCUACAAGAUGACAGCAGUGACCAGCAAAGUGACGUCGUUCAAGAAGAAGAUAGGCCAGUUUGAAGAAGAGGAUUGUCCAUCCACGUCUUCUUGAAAGCUUAGAAAGCUACGUCGAAGAUGAACUCUUCACUCAGCUUUGAUUUGACUUGCGCCCCUGCCGGGGGCUUGCGUUAGCAAUGUGUGGGUCUCUCAGCAAAAAAGGAAAAACACACCAUCUUUCCUUCCUUUUUUUUAAAAAAGAAAAUUGGUUUGAUUUGCUGUAAGUUUUCUCAACAGUGUUAAAAAGCUUUGGGAAAGAGCAGUGUGCGUAGGAAAGCUGCAUUUGGUGUCUCAGGUGGCACUUUGCUGUGACUCCUGGCUUUAUCCAGGUUGACCUACUGCAAAAGACACUGGUUUGGAGGGAGUAGGGGUGAGAGAAGGACUUGGCCUUGGUGCCCUUUGCCACUAUUAAGGGUUUAAAACCAGCUUGCUCCAGCACAAAAGGGAAUAUCGUGGGGUGACAGGGAAACUUCCUUUGUCACUGCCCAGGUGAGCUUGUGACCAAGGAGGCAGGCAAAUGUCAGCUCCCUGGAAAAGGUACCAAUGCCAAGCCAGAGGAAGGCAGUUUGGUUCAGGCUUUGGAGUCAGAAACACCUGAGCUGGAAUUCAGGCUCUGCUACUUCCUUGUUUCGUGGGCUGGGGCAUGUUGUUUUACCUCUCCCUGGGCCUCAGUUUCCUCAUCUGUAAAAUGGGUGAAAUGACACCUAUCUUCAGGCUUGUGAUGAGGAUUAAAUGAGGUAAUUUGGGAGAUAAAAAUGCCUAGGGAGGUGCUCAAUAGAUGUUAGUUAUCUUUUUUUUGCCUUCCCUAGUGGAAGAAGAAUGUUAAGUGUAAGUUAUGAGCUGCUGCCUGCUCCUUUCAUUCUGCUUUAUAGAAUGGUUUCAUACAAGAGCAUUAUCAGAGUGCGCCUGACGAUUUUUGUUUCCCUGGAGAUAUAAUUCUUUUCAAAAGAGGUUGGGGCUGAUAAGAGGAAGUGCCUUUCAUUGUAACCUCACAUUUUGCAGAGCUGCAUAUUUAUAUAAAAGCCUCCUAGGUGAUACACUAUGAGCUUUCAGACUUUCCCAUUCUUCUUUUCUUCUUGUUGCUUUGAAAGAAGGCAGGAGACACACUUUAUAACAGAGUAUCUGGUGAUAAGAGCUCCUUGGGCAAACCAGUUCAUCUGGUCUCAGUUUCUCUAUCUUGGAAAUGGGAAUGGAAAAACUUGUUUCCUUCCUACUUCCUAAGGACAUUAUGAGAGUACAUUGAUCGAUAACAUUUUCAAAUGAAAAUACCAUGUGAUGAAUUUAGGCUGCCAAUGCUUCCAGUAGAUCCUUGUACAGUUUUGAGAUUUUUUUUUUCUGAUUUCAUCCAAAUUUCUUAAAAGUCAGGGACCUUAUAAGGGUGCAAUGGAUGUGUGCUACGCGUGAAAAUUGGACUUGAAUUUGCACUCUUUAAUGUUGCAUAUCCUGCAGUAAUGAGCAAGACCUAGGGCUUAAAGGGGAACUUUCCUUCUCCUGUACCAGGAGCUGAGACUCCUAAGAUGUAGAAGUUGGUUAUCUGAAGUAACCCCGCAGGUGUGGUUGCAGGGGAAGGUCUACUUUCUUCGGUGAAGGGAUUAAACUGAAGAAAGCACCAAAAGUAUGUCCUGUCCCCAGCUCAGGACACUGGGGAAGUUAGUGGACUGCAAUUUCCACUCUUCAAGAACAGCUGUGAAUCGCAGUUCUACUUGGCUAGGUCUUUCGCUGCGUGGUACCUGAUGUGCUUAAGCCUUCUCAACAGUGCAAAUUAGCGUCAUUUCAGAACAGGAUACUUAGGUUGCUUCCGAAGUCACUGAAGACUGAGCUAGUCUCUCCUUGAGAGUCUUCAGUGACUAAAUUCCAGAAUUCAAGAGUCCGCUAUCCAGAGGCAACCAGAUUAAAAAUAAAUAAAUAAAUCCCUAGCUGGGAACGCAGAGACUGUUUUGCAAGAUCGCUGGGAUGUUUUUCACAACUUCCUCUUCUCUUGCACACACAAUUUAUGAUAGGAAAUAUUUGAGGGUUUUUCCACUAGCAAAUGGGAACUUCAGGGUCUGGAUGCCAAACACUAUAAACCCUUGACCAGUAGAGCUGUGACCGUUGUCACUUUUAUUUGAGCACUGUGUACACAUUAAUAUGCUGGGUCAGUUAAGAGCCCAGGUACUGGAUGUUUUCAUGGUUUAAGAAUUUUUAACGAAUUAGGGCUACUUUAAGACAUCCAUGCCCAAAUCCACAAGCAUGUUGACAGUGGAUUACGGCAUUUGUCUGGCAAAGUCCAAGUUGUUACAUUGUGCUUUUAAAAAAAUCUUAUCUGCAUGUAUUGUUAAACACUGAGCCCAUGAGAUCUACUUAUCAGAACCAGGAAGAAACACUUCAGGGCCAUUACAACUGACAUUUCUUUUCCUCAAAACCUGGUGGACCCUGGGCAGGGGGCUCCACAAUCCUGUGGCUUUGAUAUUGGCUCCGAUCCUCACAAACACAGGUUCUCUAAUUGCAGUGAGAAAACAGGCUGGAAAUUUUCCAUAAACCAUGCCCUGAGACCUGGAAAAUCAUCCUUGCUGGGUAAAAUUUAUUAUGAUGCAAUAAGUGCCAACCACUAUUUCUCACCAUGGGACUGGCCGGGAAAGAAAAAUAAGCAGAUCCCUUACAUGUUAAUAUGUGGUGGGGAAGGCUGGGAGAAAUUCAUCCUGAGGUUAUAAUAAUGGAUUUUUUAAAAAAGAUAA